CUAACUGCCUAGCCAGAGGAGCGUCUGUCAACUCAGCACUCUACCCCGCCUCCCCCCGCAUCGUAGCGAGAUGGGACGUUCCGGAAGUUAAUCAGGCCGGUACCAACACGUGACCAGGGUGGAGAGCCGGUCCUGCACGUGCGUCUGUGACGCCAUCUCGGCGCGACUCUUCAUUUCCCUGGACUUUUCUGACUGCUCUGCCUUAGCUAUGCCGAAAGUCGUGUCCCGGUCGGUGGUUUGCUCCGACACCCGGGACCGCGAGGAAUAUGAUGACGGCGAGAAGCCCCUCCAUGUCUACUACUGUUUGUGCGGCCAGAUGGUCCUGGUGCUGGAUUGUCAGUUAGAGAAAUUGCCUAUGAGGCCUCGGGACCGGUCUCGCGUGAUUGAUGCUGCCAAACAUGCUCAUAAGUUUUGUAACACAGAAGAUGAGGAGACUACCUAUCUUCGGAGGCCUGAGGGCAUUGAACGUCAGUACAGAAAGAAGUGUGCAAAGUGUGGACUGCCGCUCUUCUACCAGUCCCAGCCGAAGAAUGCUCCUGUGACCUUCAUCGUGGAUGGAGCCGUAGUGAAAUUUGGCCAAGGCUUUGGGAAAACCAAUAUAUAUACUCAGAAGCAGGAGCCUCCUAAGAAGGUUAUGAUGACCAAACGGACUAAAGACAUGGGCAAGUUCAGCUCUGUUACUGUGUCUACCAUUGAUGAAGAAGAAGAAGAGAUAGAGGCUAGGGAAGUUGCUGACUCCUAUGCACAGAAUGCCAAAGUGAUUGAAAAACAGCUGGAGCGCAAAGGCAUGAGCAAGAGGCGACUGCAAGAGCUGGCUGAAUUGGAAGCCAAGAAAGCAAAAAUGAAGGGGACCCUGAUCGACAACCAGUUCAAAUAAUCUGGAUCUUUUUGUGUUCAGACUGGAGGCCAGCACUUAGAUCAAGACGAAAUAGCUUCUUGAUUUCAUGGUCUAGUGUCUGUGUCCCAGGAAAAGAUUAUCUGACCAUCCCAUUGAUUUUCCUACAUUGUUCUUCUUUUCUUUCAUUGAAGUCCUUGACUCCAUUUCACUUGCUUUCUGGGUGACAGAUUGUUUUCAAAAUCUUUGUAUAGGUCGGGUGGUG